AUGGCUGAUAUCACUCAGAUCUUCAAAGGCACUCAGAUCGCCCUUCCUAGCUUCGCGGCUAUCCAAUUGAAUGCGAGUACAUGGGUUAUCGACGAGAAGUUGGAUGAGAACAGAGUCGAUGGAGUACAUAAGCCUAUUUCUGAUCCAGAGCAACAACCAUCCAAUUGGGCGGCUAAAUAUCUAUGUCACGACCACGACUUCCCACACACCGAAGCAUUUAUGAGAGUCUAUUGUCAAGGCCCUGAUGAGGGAACUGAAUUCCUCCUACCGGAGGUUCGGGCCCAACAGGCAAAUCCUCACUUUGAGAAGUGGGAAGCUACAGCUCGGAGGAAGUUCAGGCAACACGGAUGCGAAAGUGUGCCUCUACUGCUUGGGUGUGGCCAGUCUGUGCAAGGGGACCACGGACCUGUACCUGGUGGGUACAUAACCUAUCUUGUUUGGAAAAAGGUCCCCGGUCAGAUCCUCACUCCGGACAUCUUCUGGUCAAUGGAACGGCCAAAACGCGAUCUCCUUCGCCAAAAGUUCCGAGCUGCAUAUGAGGAAAUGUCGUCCUGUGGCUGGGCUCCAGUGGGGGAGCAUAUCACAAAGAUUAUAUGGGACCAAGCAUCUGCCAGUCUAUGGAUCACAGGGUUUCGCGGCUCGUAUCCAGUGGAUGGAAAGUGGACGGAUGACGUUCUGACUUAUUACAACUUGAUCAAUCCACCCGCGUUCGACGUUUGGAAGACUCUUGAUGAGUGGGAGUGGUAA